AUUUUGUUUUCUCAUUGUUUGUUUUCCGUCGUUCGUAGUUAAUUUAAAGUAAUAAAUCAGUGGCACGGUUAACUAAGCUCACUUCACGCAACCCUAGAACUCAGCCUUAGCCGCUUUAGAAUCAGCAAUCAUCAAAUCCACGGCCUUAAUUUCCCACUGUGGAAACCUCAAAGGCCGCAAAUACAGUUGCUGCUUAAGACCCGACACGCUGUCUACCGAAAUGGGCAGCUUCUCCCGCCCCCGCUCAAAACGAGCACAAGUCUCUAUAAAAGUCAUCGAAGUCAAAAACUGGAAGCACGUCCGACAAUCCAAAAAGCUCAAGAAGCAAAACACAUGGUACAACUGGGUCAGCGCGACCUGCUCGACCGCCUGUAUCUUCAUCCUGCGGCGCUCCAACCUCGAAUGGAAAUUCAACGUCCUCCGCCACGACCCCACUGUCAUCGACCUCCUCCUCGUCUCCAUCCACGCCGCCAUAAGUACAGGCCGCAUGGACCUCCUCCCGGACUGCCCAAUCAACAACAUCACGACGCUCACAAAGGCGCUAAACGACAUGCCUGCCCUCUCAACCUUCCAGACGGCCCCUGACCUCCCCCUCGCCCUCCACGGCCUCACGCUCCCCUGCAAGACCCUCCUCUCCUGGCUCUGUACCAUGCAGCACGGUCUCGCGUCCCUCUCGCCAGACUCGCCCCUCCACAUCCCCAGCAUGGCCGGCGCCCACCAGUUCACCAUGGCCACCCCCACCGCCAAACGCGCCCUGUUCAACGCCCAUGUCAAGCGCGACCCCCUCACCCGCGUCGUCUUCCACGGCACCGCCAUGUGCCGCCUCUACAGCAUCGUCGCUACGGGGCUGAAGGUGUGCAGCGGCACCCCCCUCGAGGCGAACGGCGCCGCGCUAGGUCGCGGCAUCUACACGGCACAGGAGCCGAGCGCGUCGUUGGGGUACUGCGUGCAGUCCUCGGGAUGGCCAAAUAGCGCGUUCAAGAACAUGCGGGUGCUGUUGGGGUGCGAGAUUGCGGGGUUCGGGAACAAGCACGGGCUGGGGACGUAUGUGGUGCCGGAUGAGGCAAUGUUGGUAGUGCGGUAUGUGUUUUUGAUGCCGGUGACGCAGGUGGUGCCGGGGAGUUAUUUGCUGGGGGAGGAGUUGAUGGGGAGGUAUGGGAUUAUUAAGGGGACGGUCGGGGUGGCUGCUUGAUGAUUGUUCA